GGAUUUGAGAGAAGGCGGAGCUUCCCAAUUAGCGUGUGUCCAUGGAUGUGAGGAGCGAGUAGCGGUUGCUAGGAAAGAGAGGGCGAGAGAGAGAGAAGUGCUUCCGGUGUCCCCCGAAAGCAACCCGGAAGCGCUUCUCUGCGGGGUUGCAAGCGCGAAGAUGGCGGCGGAGGAGCCUCAGCAGCAGCCGGAGCCCCUCGGCGGGGACACGGACGGUAAUGGCGGGCGGGGCGGGGGAGCCUCCCUCGGGGUCGCCGGCGGCGGGACGGGGAGUGCGCAGGCGCGGCUUCCUUUCCCUCCGUGGCAGCGUCGCUUCCCGCCUCUGAGGGAGAAGCUCUCUCAUUCCAGCAGCAGCAGCAGCGCCUCCUUCCCUCCCUCCUUCCCUGCCUGGCCCAGAGCAGAAACGUGCUUGGCCGCCCUCUCCGCCCUCUCCUCCCGAGGAGGCCUCGCGGUCUCUUGGGUAACGGUGCCCGCGCGCUGCCGCCGAGGGGACCCCGUCCUUCCGCCUCCGGUCGCCAUGGCAACGGCGCCCCCUCCGUCCUCUCUGGCCCCGCCUCUUCUCUCUCCCCUCUCCCCCCUCCCCCCACCUCUGAGCAGGACGGGGGAGGCACAUCGUCCAAAGCCAGGCUUCUCACUCCCACAUGGGCUUCCAUAGAAACGCUCCUCUGGCCCCCAGGGAAAAAAACACCUGGAGGGAAAGGGAGCAUUUUUGCACUUAAGGGCUUUAUUAUUAUCCUCUCCCCACGCAGAAUUCCUCAAUCCUUAAAUGUACAGAAUUGUAAAGUCGGAAGGGGCCACGAGGGUCAUCCAGUCCAACCUCCAGCAAUUAAAGAACAUUUUGCCCAAAGUGGGGCUCGAACCCACGACCCUGAGAUUAAGGGUCUCAUGCUCUACCGAAUGAGCUGCUCAAGCCCAUCUCCGCUCUUGCCUAAAAUCAGUUAUUACUAUAUAAUUUUUUUUUAAAAAAAUGUCCAGUAGCACCUUAGAGACCAACUAAGUUUGUUCUUGGUAUAAGCUCUGAGGUGCUACUGGACAUUUUUUAUAUAUAUUUCAACUGCGUCAGACCAGCACGGCUACCUACCUGAAUUUAGAACAAUUAUUCCUGUUAGUGUGCCGUCAACCAUACCUUUUGGAAUGAAUCAAAAUUGAUAAAAGGGUUGGACUUCUGUCCACACUUCCCUAAUGGUCACAACCACCCACACCCACCCACCCUGCUGAAGGUAGCGGAGGUUAAUUUUGAGGAAGCAAAUGUAAGUUCGUGCUGCAAGGAAGCGCUGUAACUCACUGAUAGAGCGUCUGCUUCAUUGCAUGCAGAAAUCCCAGGUCCAACUCCCAGUCUCUCCAGGUGGGCCCGAGAGAGAUUCCUGCCUUAAACCUGCCUGUCAUUGUAGACAAUACUGAGCUAGAUAGACCAAAGGGUCUACUCAGUAUAAGGGACUUUUGUAUGUUCCAAGGAUUGCUUGUGGCUUCUAUUAGGGCUGAGAAACCCAUGAUUCUUCAGGUGUUGUUGCACUCACAACUCCUCAAGCCCAGCCAGCAUGGCAGAUGAGUCGGGAAUGAGGCGAGUUGUUGUCCAGGGACUUAUGGAGGGCCACAGCCCUCCUACCCCUUAGCGUACACAUUGAGACCGCAGUCCUAAAGACACUGACCUGGGACUGCUAUCUUAGUAAACAUGUGCAAGCAUUGAGUUCUAAAACUAAUUGAAGAAGCAGGGACUUCCUUUGAUGUUUGCUAGAGUGACUGAUUAUAGAGGAGCAGCCAUGUCAAUUUUAGCAACACCAACAUAGUACAUCAAUGAUUAACUGGAUUUAUUAUGGCAUAUGCCACAGCAGAAGGCCAAUUUAUUAAACACAUGAAAUUCUAUCCUCACUUGCUCUACAUGAUGAAUGAAUGGGCAAAAAUGGUAAACUGGGAUCAAAAGGCAACAAGAAGCACGAGGCAUUGCCUGUAAUAUUCUGUUCAAAUCUAAAGAUGUGUAUGUGAGGACCAUUCAUAACCGUAGGAGCUGCGUGAUAAUUAACGUUUCUUGUUUUGCCUAUUUAGGACAGGUAGUGAGAGAAUCCUGGUUUUGAGCCCAAAAAGAAUAGGAUCAAACUUACUGAUAAGAUCCUAGUGACGCCUUAAAGAUGAAUGUAUUUAUUGUUGGAGAAGUGUUCAUAAACUUGAGCCCACUUGAUGCAUCCAGUGAAGUACCUCAACAAAUUAUGCCACAGUAAACCUGCUCAUCUUUAAGUCGCCACACAGGACAAUUCCUCUCCCUCAUUCUAACAUUUACACAUUUUUAAAAAUACUGUUACCCCUUAAAAUUGAAGAAACAUAACAACUUGCGUAUUUCAUCAGAUGCUGAUUGAGAAUUCCAGCUGUUGACGUAAUAAGUAAUAUCUGAAAGUUCCUGCUCUUUUAAUAAAAUCAUUCUAAACAGUAAAGCUGCAACUGGACCUUAAUAAUAAUAAUAAUAAUAAUGGAGACUAACACCAAAAGCCUUAUGUUACCUAUGUGUGCAUGGUGCAGUACAUUUUCUUUUGGUAAACAAAAUACAGGUCUACAUUCCCAAUAUGUUUACAAUCUGUCAAUGGGGAAGGAGAGAGGAAUGUAGUGUGGAAUGAAAUAGGAGCAAUGCACUUACAUUUUCUUAAGCAGGAUCAGAAUUGGGAACGAAUAUUAUGGCAUUAAACCAAAGGUUUAAUAGAAAUUCUGAGUUUUGAGAGGAGAUAUGACGGGAGAUCUAAUAUAUGUUCAGGAAGGGAGUAAUUAGCAUGUGAGGUAGCAAAGAAAAAUGGGCAGAGAUGUGUUUUAACAGAGAUCUUUACGGAUGGUAGAAUUCACUUUUGGUCCAAUACUAUUGCAGUUUCUCUCUUCCCAUCUCUACUGAUCUUUCAACAGCAGCCUAACACAGGCAGAAAUGUAGGGGUCGAAUUUCACACCUACCCCCAACCACACAUGUUAGCUCCUUUCCAGGAGAAGAGGAGAGGAACGGCCUUCUUUAGCACCAGCUAGGGCAGGGGUGCCCAAACUUUUUUCAAACAGGGCCAGAUUUGAUGGAGUGAACAUGUGUGAGAGCCGACCAAAGUUGUUGAGCUUUUUUUAGGAUUGAAGUUGUUGAGCCGGAUUAGGCCCCCAAAACGAACUUUGGACAUGCCUGAGCUAGGGUAAAACAAAAGGUAACAAAUAUUCCACUGAAUAGCCUCUUCAUAAGAUGUACCUCCCCACUUUCCUGCCUCACUUAUGCUUGCUGCCUUCCUCCUCCAUGCACACACACAUCAUGAAACUACCCACCCCAAACAUUCAUUCAUUUGAUCUCCCACUUCACACACUGCUCCAUGGAUCUUGCAUGUCCAAACUUUAGGGAUUAAACCCACAACUGCUCCUCUUCUGAGGUAAGACAGGGGUGAGUGGACUUGUGGCUUUCCGGAUGGUGUUAGACUUCUUCUCCCCCUGUCAACAUGGUUGAUGGUCAGGGAUGAAGGGAGCUGGAGUUCUGACAACAUCUGGUGGCUUAGCCAGUCCUGCUUUAAACUCUCCUCCUGCCUUUCUCCCAAAAUGAUCCAGGGGACAGCUCCAGGUAAGAGCCCCAAACAAAGCUGACCCCCUUCUGUCCGUAUACAUACUUUGUUCCUCUUCUAAUCAUCCUUCCUCUCCGCAAACUUCUCCUUUGCUAUUUUAACGAAACAAUUACUCCUCUUGACACUGGGUUGGAAAUAUUUCUUUCGCUGUUGAGAAACUGCCUCAAUGGCGAUAUUUUGAGAUUUCUGUAUACUUUUACUUGGUGUGUACAAUCCAUCUGCACCAAAGCACUCUUAACAUGCACAUCUAUUGUCCCUUAGGCAGUGCUGCCCAGUUUGCAUACGUUGAAUUCCUGCGCAGUAUGAAAAAAAUAAUAUUUGUGCAUUGUCAUGUUGGGGAACCGGUAAGGGAUGCAGAGGGUUAGGAUCUCUGCCUAAUGAACAAUCAGUGCCAAGUCAGCUUCCCUUUGGAAUCCAGGCCUCCUCUGCCAUGGUGAGAGAAUCCACAUUCUCCAAAAAACCCAACCAUGGACCCUUGUCUGUGUUUGAGAGAAUCUAUUGCUCUGGUGGGGAACCUGAUGUGAACAUAGGAAGCUGCCAUUGGUUCAUCCAGCUCCGUAUUGUUUACACUGACUGGCAGUGGUUCUACUGGGUGUUGUUCUGGAGAUGUUUCCAGCCCUACCUGGAGAUGCUAAGGAUUGAGCCCCAGACCUUCUGUGCUCAAUCACUGAGCUACAGUUUCCCAAAUGUCGGGUUGAAACUUCCCUUGUUCUUGGCCGCUGGAGAGCUGGAGUCCAACAACAAGAGCAGGGCCACAGGUUCUCCAGAAGGUGUCUGCAUUCAGACUCCACCCCCUCCAGGUGCCUGGGAACCCCAUUUUGGUUGAUGUGAUAAUCCCUCCCAGAAUGAGACACUCUCGCCCUGGAAUGAACUUUGCUUUAUUACCGCUCAUCUGCUUUGACAGUUUCUUCUGACAGUUCCGCCUUUCUGACAGCAUGUCCCCCUUUAAAAUGGAAUCUUGAUGGAGUGCAUCUUAAUAUAUGUUGUGUAAGAAGUGCCUGAAGUUGCAGUUGGUUCAGGGCCAGGUUGCCAACAUGUUAAGUAGCCCUGGACGUGGGCUUUUAAGUGGACUCACACAAAGAAAAUUAAGCAUCUUGAGCUUUCUCCACUGCUUUACUCCAUCCCAAGAAAAGCUCAGUCUCUGCAUGACCGGGAUUGUGUCAAAGGCACCUGAGAAGGGCCAAUAAAGUUGGCAACUCUAGGCAGGGGAGGGGUGGACAUGCCCGUGGUGUGGGCUGUUGUGUUCUUUUACCCUUCAUCUUGCACCUUGCUGAUUGUAAAUCAGAGCAUGAAUUUUGCUUGCUAUAGCUGCCUGCCUCUGUUGGCAACCGGAAGAGCCCCGAUCCCCAAAUUUAUUCCUGUUGGGGCUCGCAAGCUUCUACUUAAUAAUGGGGUACUACUUCCAGACCCUGAAAAUAGCUCCUCUCUUCCUUGCUGCUCUCUUGAAUCACACUUGCCCCUUCGGAGUUGUGUGUCAACCAUUUGACCCAGAUUGCAUGGUAAUAUACAUUGUGUGUCCCCCCCCUUUCCUAAACAAGUCCUGCACGUAGCUCCUGCCCUUUGAGGAUUCAUUAACUCAUCUUUUGCCAAGAAAAUCUGGCCUGAGUGUUGGCUGAUCCAGUUUUGGAAGGAAGUCUGGAGUAAAUUGUGUCCAAUUCCACUACCUUUCUGUGGCCUGGGAGGGAAGAGGUUCGGGGUGUGGGGGUAGGCAGGGAGGUGAAGCCUGCAAAACCAACCGCAUGAGAAAGAGUUGCAGUUGUGAGUCCCAGCCUCACUGCGGUAGCAUCCUAGCAGGCUGGGAGCUGGGACACCUCUCUGGAUGAUGUAUGAUAUGGAACGGGCCCAGAUCAGGUUUCCUGAUUUUUCUGCAGCGUUGGCAGCUGCUGUGAGCAAUUGAUGCUGUUGGAGGAAGCAGCUGAGAUCCUGCACUGCCUGUCUUACAAAGCAGAUAAAAACUUCUGCACAGCAGGCUGCGGUGUUACUAUUUUCCUUUUUUUUGGGUAGUGGUGUGCAGCUGCUUGGGUUUCUGCAGCAACUGGGCCUCUCUCUCUCUCUCUCGCUGCCUUUUCAAAUGGAUACCCCGCUGGAGCCUGGCUGUAAAAGGGAGGCAGCAUCAGCGUCUGUUGUUCCAAAAACAUGGUACCCAAUGCAGCUUGUCAUGCUAAUAAGGCGGGGAUGGGCCACUUGCUCAGCCCUGGGGGCUCUGUGUCGGAAGCGUGGUUGUGGGCACAAGAGCUGCGGUGAAGGUGCGAUGGCAUUGCAUGUCCUUGAACAUAAACCGGCAUAGCUUCGUUUGCGAGGAUGUCUUCUUUUUUCCAUUUUGUAUUUGAUGUGGCUAAGCUUUAGAUUUGGCGGUUUAAAGCUGUGUGCUUCCUGCAGUUCUGAAACACUGCCCUGCAGAGGUUUUAAAGUGUGAUGAGAUGUUGCGAUCAGGACCAUUAAGCACCCUGUAUUGUACAAGAAGAGAUGUGCUGAAUGAUAAGAAUUAAUUAAUUGACCCUUGUCUGCUCUAGAGAUGUCAAAAUCAAUUGCAGCUGAAAAUUGUAAUAGGCUUAGCUCUCUCUCUCUAAUUGCUGUCUUGCUUCUGAUCCUUUGACUUUGUUGUCAUUAUUGUAUUUUCAAGCCCUGAGGACUAGGAACUUAGGCAUCGUUUUUGUCUUGAGCCAUACUGUGAAAAAGCAAAUUUUAUCUUUUUGUGUGUGUGUGCCAGAAGAUCAUUGUUAAUGCUGUGAAGACUGCACUGGUGCAAAGGGACCUUUCUCAACUUCAUUAUUAUCUUUUCUCUCUUUUUUCCCUCCCGCAGGAGUGAAUUGCUUGGCCUAUGAUGAAGCCAUAAUGGCACAGCAGGAUCGAAUUCAGCAGGAGGUGAGCCCUUGUGAACAUAAGAGGUUGGCCUGUGUGCUCCUGCCUGCUUUGUGUUCGGCUGCAGGAGCAGCAAGCAACCACAAAAAAUUGUACCCGUUCAUUCAGAUUCACAGCCCAUCCCGUCUUACAGAUUCCAACUGUGUACAGAUAUGCUGGACUUAACAUUGUACUCCUUCCAUUGUCACAUCCUAAAAUCUCUCCGGAAAGCUCGGUAGCAGCCUGAUGUGACUAACCCCGUGAUUCCCAAGUAAUCGCAACAUGCGUGAAACUAAGGGCUGGUUCACAAAUGCACCUACAUUCCUCCUUGAUUUCUCUGUGCUUGAUAACUGGAGCUGGCUCUGCGGUGCUGGCUCCCUUAAAGCUCUGCGUUAAGCAGAGUGAAACUCUGGGAUUCACUCCCCAUAAGAAGAAGCAAUGGCCACCAAUUUGGAUUACUUUAAAAGAGGACUAGACAGAUUCAUGGAGGAUAAGGCUAUAAUGGCUGCUAACCCUGAUGGCUUGAUCCUGCAGCCAGGCUCUUACGAUCCAUUGCAUUCUUUUCUGUGGUGUUGCGCCUGGGAUGGCCGCUUCACACAUUCCAGUCAGGGCAAGCUAGUUGAUUUUCAUUGAAUUGUAAAGUUGGAAUUCAUCUAGUCCAACCCCCUGCAAUGCUGGACCAUGCAGCUGUCCUUUAUGGGGGAUCGAACCUGCAACCUGGGCAUCAUCAGCACCAUGCUAUGCAGGCCCAAUUUUCAAAUAGCUAAGGCAGGUUUGGGGACCCUUUGGCCCUCUAGAUACUGCUGAGCUAUAACUCCCACCACCCCUGUUCCCAAGCUACGCUUGUGGGCCUGAUGAGAGUUGUAGCUCAGGUCCAAAAAUUCCCCACACCUGUCCUAAGGGGAAGUUCUUGUUUUUAAAUUGGUGGGGGGUGGGGGAAGCCAGUGGUGAGCAGGGCUGGAGGCAAAGAGGUGGGCAAUGCCAAAGGCAGAGGUGAACGUAGCAAUGGAUGUGACUCUUGAGUAGAAGGACCUUCUAGUCAUGGAGAAGGCAAUGGUCUCUCUUUUCUUGUGAACAUCAAAGCAAGCAAGAACCAUUCUCACAGUUCAAGGAUGCUGCACUGGAGGAGGGCUUGGGUGAGGGAGGUGUGGCCCCCUUCACAGUCCUGAGGGCCAGAUAGGGAGGUCCUGGGCCCGAGGCUCCACACCCCUGCUUUAAAUGGAAGUUUCCAGCUUCCUGAUUAAUGUAUUUUGCAAAGAGGCUGUAGAAAUAAGGGUUGAUGAUGCGAGUGAGCUGUGCUGAAGCAAGCUAUCGGCUAGCUUUGCAGAGCCUCUUUUAUUGGCAAAAAUCAACAGUUGGAAAGCAGUAGUGAAACCACUCUGAACUUUAACAUAUUUCCAGCAAAGCACAUUUCCAGCAUUAGCAAUACACGUGUCAACAGGUGCUCCCCCCAAAAGCUCCCCUGAUACUUGAUAACGUCUGCUUUACUCGUCAUGCUCCAGCCAAGCAAUAUGUCUAAGCAAGCAGUUUGCGAAAGGACUAAAGGUCAAGGGGAAAGCCCUAUCUUCCAGCCAAGAAGGCAAAAGGUCAGAGAAAGCAAGCGUAACGCUCCCAGCCAUCCUGUGGCAUAUCUUUGUGCGAGGUUUGCCUUCGCAAUACGGAGCGUUACCCCUACAUCGGCAUGGACAGAAUUGGGUUGCUGCAACAACAGAACUGUGUCUACUUGCAAUAAAAGCAAGCCUUUAUACCCCCGGGACCGUAAUUCAAAACAUCUGGUUAUGAAGCCCCACGUAGCCCCUGCAGCUCAAGAGGGAAAUUUUGCUUACUGUUGGAACUUCUAAACAAUCCUCCAUUUCUAUGCUGAAUGCUGAGAGCGGGGCUCCCCUCUUCUGGGCUUGGUUUCUGCUUGGAAUACAGAGGAGAGCCAGUUCACUCCAUCCUCCUCUGCCAGCCCACUCACUCGCCUGCAUACCACUCCUGAUCGCCCGUGGCAACCAAGCUGGUGCUUUAAAUAAAAGGCUGGUCCUUUUUAAGCUGCCCACCUCCCCCAUAUGAAAAUAUGUGUUUCUGUGCUCUCCUUCCUGUUCUGCACCUCUCACGUACCAACCUGCUUCUCUGCAGAUAGCCGUCCAGAAUCCUCUCGUCUCAGAAAGGAUGGAGUUGUCUGUCCUGUACAAGGAAUACGCUGAUGAUGACCACGUCUACCAGCAGAAGAUCAAGGUAACAAGGACCACAACCAUUCCAGCGCAUGGGCUGUGGAGGGCAGCUGAAAUGGAGGAAUGGGGUGGAGCCCUUCCCUUCCAUGAGGAAAGGGGAACAGCCGUCGCUCAGGGACAGAGCGCUGCUUUGCAUGCAGGCAGCUCCAGGUUCAAUCCCCAGUGGCCUCUCCAGAUAGGGCUGGGGGAGAUUCCCUGCCUGAAGCCCCGGGGAGCUGCUGCCAGUCAGUGUAGACAAUGCUGAGCUAGAUGUACCAGUGGUGUGACUUGGUACAAGGCAGCUUCCUGUGUCAUCGGGGUUCAAGAGGGGAAAGUACCCUGAGGUCUGCUUUUAGAAGACAGGGCAUUUAUUCUGUUUCUGUCUCUAGGCCACCAAGUCAGUCGGAUGCUAACCCACCUCCUCCAUUCUCCCUGCACAGGAUCUGCUGCAGAAGUAUGCAUUCAUCCGGAAGACGAGGCCAGAUGGCAACUGUUUCUAUCGGGCAUUUGGCUUCUCCCAUCUUGAGGCACUCUUGGAGGAUGGCAAGGAGCUCCGACGGUAGGACAUGCGGGGAGGGGGGAGAGUGAGGUGUGUCUCUGAGAUGCUCCUACUUAUUUAUUGCCUUCCACACAUCUCAGUAAAAACAGCUAAACCUUAAAAGCAACGCAGGAAAUAAGAUCAGAUAAAUAGAAAAACAUUACCAAGUAGACACCCACAACAGAGAGACAUUAAUCCAGCUGUUGGAACAAAGAUGUCUUCCAUUGUUUCCAGAGAGUGCAUCUCAACAGGGAUGCUUUUCCGCAGAACAGGGGCAGCCACACGGAAAGUCCUGCUCUGAGUUACUGCAGAGGGGGCUUCUGAUCUCUCUGGAACUAGAAGGAGAAGCUUCUCUGCAGAUCAAAAUAACCUACUGGCUACAUCUUGGAUAAGGGAGUCUCUUGGGAUGCAGAGGGGUGGUCAGCGCUGUCAGUGAAAGUAUACUUGGCAGUUCUCAGCCCAUUACUGAACGUUGGGUCAUUGGCGUUUGCAGUGCAAAGAUUCUUCCUUUACUAGAAUUACUUAUUCUGUACUUGUUUUCUUUACUGUGCACAGCUUCAAAGAGGUGGCUGCCAAAAGCAAGGAAGUGUUGGUUUCGCAGGGCUUCACGGAAUUCACCAUUGAGGACUUCCACAACACGGUAAGCCAGGGUGGGAAACCUCAGGCCAAAUGCAGCCUUCUGGUCCUCUCUGCCUGGCGCUUGGGACCCUCCUCAGGCCACACUUCACACCCUCCUUGGAAGUUUUUGCCCUCUGUAUUUUUUUUUUUGCCUGUCUGGAAUAGGUCCUUGAACUCGGAUAAUGGCCCUUAGUCUCCUGGGUAGAGAGGGGUUUGUGUGUAAAACCAGCCUACUGUUAUAAAAGCAGUGCAGGUGACUCUCAGCUUACACAGGGGUUAUGUUACGGGGAGUGCGUAAAGCCAACAUCAAGUAUAGUAAAAACACACUGGAUGCAAUGGCAGGUUCGAUUGCCAGAGUUCCUCCCCCCCCCCCAUUGAUUGGUUGGUUGAUUGCUGAGCGUGUAACGCUGAAAGCAUAACUUGCCAGUUACCUGUUUUCACAAUCGUUGCUCUGUCCACUUCUGCCUCUGGCCCCGCCCACCACAGGCAGGCGUCCCAUGGAAGAUUGUUUAGAAAGGAUUGCAGCUCUCGGGCUGGAAAAUAUCCCCGACGCCUGUGCUAAGGCCGUGAAGGGGAGGGGUGGGGACAGGAAACUUCAGCGAUUGUUUGAGAUUGGAAGAAUGUGGGAAUAAAGGGACUUCACUGUCUGUGUUUCAGUAGUCGCAAACCUCAACCUUUCUUUGUUGGCAUGGUGGUCCACUCCAUUGUGCACUUCAGUUGCCCCCUUCUGCAUCUUUCCAAGUUCAAGUAGUAUUGGUGCUUAAAACACAUGCGGGCCUCCCAAGUGCCUCUCCAGCCUCCCGGAUCCUCUUUGUCUUUGGCAGCAGGUGGCUCCCAGGUGUCUGCUGUUUUAUGCCGCUACAGUGGGGCAUUCUGGGAAAAUCAAAAGGAUGGAUGGCUCACAAGUGGCUGCUGUAAAUCGUGGCUCCAGUGUCACCACAGGGGCCCCUCCCCUGUUGGGGCAGCAAGCAGUACUUUGCCAGGGAGACCCUGGUGCCAGCCAUGCCUCCCAAGAUACCAUGGGUGGGGAGACCGUCAGGCCCUCCGGAUGUUGUUGAAGGGAAGAUGGGCAUCUGGAGGAACAUAGGAAGCCCUUGGUUCUUCUAGCUCUGUGUUGUCUACACUGACUGACAGCAACUCUCCAGGUAUUCAGACCAGGAGCCUUUCCCGGUCCUUCCUGGUGCUGCUAGAGCUUGAACCUGGGACCUUCUGUACAUCUUGUGAAGAUGGAUGUUUCUGCCCAGACUUUCCCAGACCUAUAAGAUUUCAUAUGUUUGAGGCCUCUGAACUUGUUUUGCUUGCUAUUGUGUGUUUUUGUAUUGCUCUCUUAGUGGUUUUAGGUUUGUGUUUUGUUUUAAUGAUACGUUGUUUGUUUUAGAUGGCGCACUGCUCAGAGAGUUCUGAAAUAUUAAUAAAUGAGUCUGAUGUUGUGCCACCAAGUUAAAGCCCUUCCCCACUGUUUCCUCAUCACUGGCUUACUCAGCCAGCUGUGGGCGCUUUUCUUUGACCUUUCCUCUCUCUCUCUCUUUAAUCCCUGUAGUUUAUGGAUCUGAUAGAACAAGUGGAGAAGCAAACCACGGUUUCAGACCUGCUGACCUCUUUCAACGACCAGAGCACCUCGGAUUACCUGGUUGUGUACCUGCGGCUGCUCACUUCUGGGUACCUGCAACGCGAGAACAAGUUCUUUGAGCACUUCAUCGAGGGAGGACGCAGCAUAAAAGAGUUUUGCCAGCAGGUCAGGAGCGUGGAGGCAGGGGAAGGACAUCUCUGACCAGGAUGAGACAAAUUUUUUUACACACACACAUACACAUACACUUUCCGUUCACUCCCCUGGCCCUUCCUUUCCUCUUGAAGUGACCAUUCUGCUUUGGCCAUACAGAUCUUUCCUGGCAGGGUCUGCGAGUCUGCAUAGCUGUAGUUUCCCUAUGAAGCUUUUAAACAUUUCUGCUUUCCUUUUCUGGGAAUCCUAGUUCUAGCACACAUUGAAAAGGGGAGGAACAUCUAUGUAGAGUCUGCUUAAAACUGGCCGUUGAGUGGGCUCAGUAGUGGCAGACCGCACAAGUCUUGUAAGCAGGCUCUUUCCCUCAUUCUGUUGUUCUCACCAGUCAUUCAGUUUAUUACUUGCCCUUCACCCUGAGGGGUCCCAGGACAAAACUGCUGCCCCAAAUAAUAGGGUGGACCCUAACAUAAUAUGUAUCUCAGGGGGAAGAGCAUUAGCCCCUUUGCUCCCUGGAGGCCUGCCAACUCCCUCAGGUUAAAUAAUCAGAGAAUGUUCUACAGUACCACAAGUGUGGCAGGAAUGAGGCCCCCCCACAGCAAAGAUAGCUUAUUUUAAGCAAGGGGUGGCGGCGGCUAACCCAUGGACUUCUGGGUAUUCAAACACAGGAGCAGUUGGGGUGUUUAGUGUCGUGUGUAUCCAGCCUUUGCUGAGGUGAGGAUUCUGGUAUCUGCAUGCGUUCAGUGCGGUUCUCUAUCUGGCCCGUGGCCUGCAAGAUGCAGCGUGGACAGUCCACCUGGGUGAGAUCACUGCAUCGAGUACAGAGCUUAGCAUCUAGUGUCUUGCUUGGCAACUUUGAAAUCUCCAGGUUGCUUUUCUUCAGUAUUAAAGUUAGGUUUCUAGGACUCAUGAUCACAGAAUAGCUUGGGUGCAUGGAAUCUGAGGGGGGCUGGUCUGGGCAGGGCAGCUCAGGUGGGGAUUUCAGAGCCUUGCAAGGCGCCUUAAUCUUUCUCAAGUGGGUACUGUCAAGGGGCGUAAACAGCUCUGUGUGCCUUUCCUCUCUUUUCCAGGAGGUGGAGCCCAUGUGCAAGGAAAGCGACCACAUCCACAUCAUUGCGCUGGCCCAGGCCCUCAACGUCUCCAUUCAGGUGGAAUACAUGGACCGGGGUGAGGGCGGCACCACCAACCCCCACAUCUUCCCUGAGGGCUCGGAGCCCAAAGUGUAUCUACUGUACAGACCGGGACACUACGACAUCCUGUAUAAAUAGAGGAGAGGCGGGGGGAGGCAGUCUGGCCGGUGCACCAAGCCCCCCCUCUUCUUCCUCUCUGCCUUCCAUUGUCUUUCUCGCCCGUGUUUCCCUGCCCAUCCGCCGGGCAGCAUCGUCUGUGGUUGUAAAUGGUGAUCGCUCUUGCUGCCAUCUCGCUCACUUGGUUUGUUAUUAUUAUAUUUUUCCUCUUUUUUGUUGUUACACUCACACUCUUCUGUGUUUUAUUAAAGGGGAUGCCGGUGAAACAA